UGUUCAGUGAGUCCACGGGUUGAGACGGGCAUGUAUAAAUGAUGGGGUUUAGACACUAAUAAACCGGGUAGACUAAACGUAUGCGUUUACCUUUUGACAUUUUUUAUUUGAGUUUAUCUUUAAGUAAUAUUUUCAGCUUUUCUGAUAAAAACGCACUAUAGGAAGAGAUGACCGUACUGCAACAAAAAAACUGUUCAGAGACAUAAAUGAAUCGCACAGAGCUGCAGGCAUGAAUUCUAUAGGAGUUUCGUUUUUGGAUCCUUUGAAUGAUUAUGAGAUUGUUAAUCGGAUCGGGAGUGGGACGUACGGCGAUGUUUUCAAGGCUAGAAACAUUAAGAGCUCAGAAAUGGCUGCUAUUAAAGUGGUUAAACUGGAUCCAGGUGAUGAUAUCACCUCUAUCCAGCAGGAAAUUACAAUGAUGAAGGAGUGUAAACAUAAGAACAUUGUCGCAUAUUAUGGCACUUACCACAGGAACACUAAACUAUGGAUCUGUAUGGAAUACUGUGGGGGAGGAUCACUGCAGGACAUUUACCAGGUAACUGGCCCUUUAAAGGAAAAACAGAUAGCUUACAUUUGCCGGGAAACACUCCAGGGUUUAAAUCACCUCCACGAGACAGGCAAAAUACACAGAGAUAUUAAGGGAGCUAACAUUCUUCUUACUGAUCGAGGAGAUGUCAGAUUGGCUGAUUUUGGGGUUGCUGCUGAAAUUAGUGCUUCUGUUGUCAAGAGAAAGUCCUUCAUAGGAACUCCCUACUGGAUGGCCCCUGAGGUGGCAGCAGUGGAGAAGAAGGGUGGAUAUAACCACCUGUGUGACAUCUGGGCAGUGGGAAUCACAGCCAUCGAGCUGGCAGAAUUACAACCUCCGAUGUUUGACCUUCACCCCAUGCGUGCUCUUAUGUUGAUGUCCAAAAGCAGCUUCCAGCCUCCCAAGCUUAAAGACAAGAGCAAAUGGUCUGCAGGUUUUCAUAGCUUUGUGAAGAUGAGUUUGAUCAAAAGUCCUCGCAAGAGACCAACAGCUGAAACCCUCCUGCAGCACCCAUUUGUAACACAGCUAUUGACCAGGAAAUUGAUGAUUGAGUUGCUGGACAUGGCAAAUAAUCCAGACCUCCACCAUUAUAUCAGCCCAGAAGAAAAUGAAGAUACAAAUGAUUUAGCUCCAGAUAAAAUCCAGUCUGAAGUGAAACAUUUGCCAGUGGAGAGGAGUUUAUCUGAAAAACAGUUUGACCUGGUAAAGUUUACCCCUCCUAGGAGAAAAGAGACUGAACCCUAUUCGGACAUGGGUUCUUACGAUGAUUGGAGCAUAUCUGGAGAUGAACCAGAGUCACCGGGUCUGCUGGAAAGUGUGGAAGAGGAGUUACAGCAGAGGAGUUUAACAGUUAAAAGACUCUCCUUUUUUGAGUGGGGUCCGAGAAAGAGUGGACUGUUCAGCCCACCACCUUUAUCCGGUAUGGCAUCACUUCCUCCUAUGAGUUCUUUAGAUCUAGAGGACAAAGACCUGACACUUCGACCAAGUGCCACUUUGUGCCCUGAAACUGCACUACGUCCAAAAUCAGUGCUGUUAAGAUGUUCAGGAAGCCAGGAUGUGCGAAAAUGGUGCAGUGACCCAAGUGUCACUGAUGAGAAAGAUACACAAGACCAUCAGAGAACUCUUACACAAACUCUUAGCAGAGACACGCCUCUCUCUCCAGAAUGGAGCACCAUGAGAAAGAAAACAGAAGACUCUAGAGCUGAUUCUCAUGGACUUCCUCCCACCCCCCAAGUCUAUAUGGGUGCUUGUUUUACAAAAGUCUUUAAUGGAUGCCCACUCAAAGUUCAUUGUGCAGAGACAUGGGUUUUACCCAAAACCAGAGAUCAAUAUCUUAUACUGGGGGCAGAGGAGGGUGUCUACAUUCUUAACCUAAAUGAGCUGCAUGAAGACACUUUAGAAAAGUUGCUUCCACAGAGAUGCACUUGGUUGUAUGUCAUGAACAAUGUUUUAAUGUCCAUCUCCGGGAAGUCGUCUCAACUGUACUCUCAUAGUCUGACAGCUCUGUUUGAGCAGCGGGGACACCUGCAAAGGAAACAGGGUCACUUGGGGCACUUGUCCCUUAGCACUAAUCGUUUCACAGAUCGGAUACACAGGAAGUUUGCUGUAUCUGUAAAAAUUCCAGACACAAAGGGCUGUCGAAAAUGCAGUAUAGCUCGUAACCCAUAUACAGACAGCACAUUCCUAUGCGCUGCUGUUCCCUCUGGGCUUAUUCUGCUUUUGUGGUAUGAACCGCUGCAGAAGUUCAUGCACCUGAAGCACAUAUCUGUACCCCUACCUGACUUAUUGCCCAUCUUUGAGCUGCUGGUGUUAAUGACAGAUGAGCUUCCUCAGAUAUGUGUGGGGGUCCGUGAUGCCCCCCCUAUCAACCACCAACAGCAAAAUGGGCAGCAGCUCAAGUUUGACAUCAUCCAACUAAAUGGCAUGGCAAACCCUCAGCCUGAUAGUGAGACAAUAAGAGCUGUACAAGUGACACAGCUGGACAGAGAUACAGUCUUAAUUGCUUUGGAAAAAACAGUGAAGAUUGUCAAUAUGCAGGGUGUUGACAGUAAGGAGUUACCAUCUCAACUGGAGUUUGACUUUCCAAUUGAGACUUUAGUUUGUUUAGAAGAAAGUGUUUUAGCUUUCUGGAAACAUGGGCUUAAAGGGUGUAGUCUGCACAAUGGUGAGAUAACACAGGAAAUCACAGAUGACAGCAGAGUGUUUAAAGUUUUAGGAGCACACAGAGACAUCAUUUUACAAAGCACCCCAACUGAAAACCCUUCAGCAACUAGCAAUUUAUAUAUUUUGACUGGCCAUGAGAGCAGCUACUGAGGAAAUCUGUUGGACAGAGUGGACAAGAAUCUGAAGAUCUUAGAAAUCCCGUCAUGCAACACUAAGAAAUGUAAAAUUUUGAGAGACCGAAUGCAUGAAAAGCAGUGUAUUUUAAAACUGUAUGUCUGUCUCAUUGCAUGUGUAAUGCAAGCACUGAUUGCCCUUUAGUUAAUCUUACUGGUACACAUUCUGAGGGUAGAUAUAGGAAAGUGGAUGCAUCGGUUCUUUCGUUUCUCCCUCUAAAGACAUUGCUUUUGGUUGUUGAUGAGCCUCAGUAUGAUAUAGAUUUAAUGUUUCAAUAUGGAUAAAGAAUAUUAAACAUCUCUUUUUUUAAGUUGCAAAGAUAAUGUGACCAAUUUGAUAUAAAUGGUUUGUAAAUAUAAAUGUCUAAUAAACA